ACGAGCAUUCAACACUCCAAGAUUUAUAUGCAGGCUUGUCGCAUAAACAAUCUUUCGACAAAGGAACUUUGAGAUUUGACGAAAUCAAACAUCGAUCGCUUCAUCAAUACAAGGCACAAUGCGACCUGGCGUCAGAAGUACUGUAGAGCGCCUGGACAGGCCCAGCGCCUACUAUCAGAACCGCAACAAGCGAAGACGUGAUCGCGAUGACGAGAGCAACCAACCACAAGAACCCCAAGUCGAUCCUUUGGCCAAUGCUACAACUCUCUAUGUUGGCAACCUGUCUUUCUACACAACCGAAGAACAGGUUUACGAGCUUUUCGCAAAGUGUGGCGAAAUCAAGCGCCUCGUCAUGGGCCUCGAUCGUUUCAACAAGACACCCUGCGGUUUCUGCUUCGUCGAGUAUUUUACACACCAGGACGCUCUUGAUUGUUUGAAGUACAUCGGCGGCACAAAACUCGACGAGCGCAUCAUUCGUACCGAUUUGGACCCCGGUUUUGAGGAAGGCCGUCAGUACGGCCGUGGUAAAUCUGGCGGUCAAGUACGUGACGAGUACCGCGAGGACUUUGACGAGGGCAGAGGAGGAGUUGGUAGGGCGAUACAGGCCGAGGAACGAGACGAGUACGCUGAAGGCAAGUAACCUGGUGUAUUAGAAGCAGAGGCUGUCCCCUGGAGCGAGAUUUGGGACUCGAUACCCUUAAUUUUAAACAAGAAGCUUUCAUCAUUCGAGAAGGCU